AUGGCGGAUCUCACCUCCAUUUUCCUCACUCUCUUCCUCAUUUCCCUCUCCAAAUUCUCCCUCUCUUCGGCCACCGUCUCGGCCAGGGAUCAGGUUGGCUGUUCCAUGUGCUCCAGCUGCGACAACCCAUGUCAACUCCCGCCGCCGCCUCCGUUAAUUGUUGACUGCUCACCGCCGCCCCCUCCACCUCCAUCUCCUCCCCCGCCACUCCCUACACCCGAAUGCCCUCCGCCUCCCUCUCCCCCUUCGUGCGAUGCAUGCGUCUACCCUUCACCGCCGCCACCGUCCUCCAUCCAGCCGUACACUCCAACAGAUGGUGGGCAAUAUCCCGGGCUUGCUCCGCCGCCGCCGAACCCAAUUUUACCGUAUUUUCCUUACUAUUAUUACACUCCGCCUUCUGGGUCUGGUAAAUCCGUUCCAUUUUCAUGGAAGUUUUUGCCUUUGUUGUUCAUUCUUCGACUCUAA